AUGAAGAUGAGACGCCAUAAGCUCUUUCUGACUCUCUGCAUGGCUGGUCUCUGCCUCAUCUCCUUCUUGCACUUCCUCAAGGCCCUUUCCUAUGUCACCUUCCCCCGGGAGCUGGCUUCGCUUAGUCCCAACCUCGUCUCCAGCUUCUUCUGGAACAAUGCCCCUGUCACACCUCAGGUCAGCCCUGAGCCAGGGGGUGCAGAGCUCCUCCGCACACCCCUGUACUCCCACUCCCCCUUGCUCCAGCCCCUGCCUCCCAGCAGAGCCAGCGAAGAGCUGCACAAAGUUGAGUUUGUGCUGCCGGAAGACACGACAGAAUAUUUCGUUCGUACCAAAGCUGGUGGCAUUUGCUUUAAACCAGGCACCAAGGUGUUGGAGAAGCCACCGGUGGGAGGGCGGCCAGAGGAGCGAGCGGAUGGCAGGCGCCGCCCGCGAAAGCCACUGAGCGCCAGAGGGACCAAACGGCGCAAGUGGGUGGAGUGCGUGUGCUUGCCGGGCUGGCACGGCCCCAGCUGCGGGGUCCCCACUGUGGUUCAGUACUCCAACCUGCCCACCAAGGACCGCCUCGUGCCACGGGAGAUCCCCCGGCGGGUCAUCAACGCUAUCAACGUUAACCAUGAGUUUGACCUGCUGGACGUCCGCUUCCACGAGCUGGGAGAUGUGGUGGACGCCUUUGUGGUGUGCGAGUCGAACUUCACGGCGUACGGAGAGCCACGGCCCCUCAAGUUCCGUGAGAUGCUCCUCAACGGCUCCUUUGACUACAUCCGCCACAAGGUGCUCUCCGUCUGCCUGGCCCACUUCCCCCCCGGCGGCCGCCAGGACGGCUGGAUUGCUGACGAUUACCUGCGCACCUUUCUCACCCGGGACGGCAUCUCUCGCCUCCGCAACCUGCGCCUGGAUGACGUCUUCAUUAUCGAUGAUGCCGAUGAGAUCCCGGCCCGCGAUGGCGUACUCUUCCUCAAGCUCUACGAUGGCUGGACGGAGCCCUUCGCCUUUCACAUGCGCAAGUCGCUCUAUGGCUUCUUCUGGAAGCAACCAGGCACCUUGGAAGUGGUCUCGGGUUGCACCAUGGGGAUGCUCCAGGCUGUUUAUGCUAACGACGGGAUCCGUCUGCGGCGCCGCGAGUACUACACCAUGCCUGGCUUUCGGCAGUAUGAGAACAGCACAGGACACAUCCUGGUGCAGUGGUCGCUGGGCAGCCCCCUCCACUUUGCUGGCUGGCACUGCUCCUGGUGUUUCACCCCAGAGGGGAUCUACUUCAAACUGGUGUCAGCCCAGAACGGGGACUUCCCCCGCUGGGGUGACUACGAGGAUAAACGAGACCUCAAUUAUAUCCGGGAGCUGAUCCGGACUGGUGGCUGGUUUGAUGGUACUACACAGGAGUAUCCCCCUGCCGACCCCAAGGAGCAGAUGUAUGCUCCCAAGUACCUGCUCAAGAACUACCAGCGGUUCCGCUACUUGUUGGAGAACCCCUACCAAAAAGUGGAGGGCGCUGGGUGAGGCCACCCGGGCUUGCGUGGGAGGAAAUCAGAACGUCACAACAAAGGUAAAGAGUCGGGUGUUUUCAU